AUGGCUAAUCUCAAUAUAAAAAAACCAGACGUAGUGGAGGGUGAGGGAGAGGUGGAGGCGGAGGCGUAUGCCUCUAUACUUUGUGGGCGGAACAUACCCAUAGCUGCGCCGUCUAACAGCGCAGCGGGACGGAUUCCGACGGCCGAGGCCACAGCGGAAUUAGAGAUGGCGUUCAAUGGCCCUCUUAGGGAUAAAGAUCUUGGGGCGACCUACGGCCCUGAGAGCACAGGGGAUUCGGCCGGGCCACCAUCAACCCAGUCAGGGCCCCCUGGAGUGGGAGCAUUCUCCCGUUAUGCCUAUUUAUUGAGGCUACGCGGGGGGGCGGAGUCAGAGGACUCGGACCACGAGGGGAGGGAGGAUGAACCCACAACCUCCACACGGGCGGAGGCGUCGAGCCGCUCUGGCACGGCAAAAAACAGGGUUGCACACACGGCGAAGGGCAAGAAGAGGAGGAUCGACUCCUCUGCCUCGUCCUCUGACCGCGAGAUGGAGGUUGUAGAAGAGCUCCCGGACACGGCCUCCUCCUCGGAGGGCGCCGUGGUGGUGGAGCAGGUGGCCAGGCUGCGGAAAGUGGCCCAGAGCUGCUCCAACCUUAAUGGAACUACGGUGGGUGCGCUGUGGAACGCCUCGGUACUCAUCUCUGCAGCUGCCACGGUACUGAACCAGCGAUCGCAGCAAACUGGUCACGUGGUGGCUGAGGCGGAAUGGGAAGACCUCAGGAAGGAGGUCCGCCUGCUGAAGGGAGACUUGACGCACCUUAGGGCCGAAAACGCAAGCUUCAGGUCCGAGAAUGAGGACCUGAAGGCUCAGGUUAAGAAGCUGGAGGAGGAGCGAGCUACAGCGGCGGCGAGGGCCCCUAGCCCUCAACCCCCAGCGCCCAGGUCGAGGAGCUUGGCGACGCUGCCGGCUAUUGUCAAUGGCCAUACGGCCAAGAGAAAGAAGAAGAAGAAGAGGAAGGGGAGGGAAGGUAGGGAGAGUUUCAAUCAGGAGGACCCUCCUACGCAGGGUGUUCCCCGUUCCGACACCCGGGAGAGAGCCCACUCGGGUCACACGGGUGGUCUGGAGGCCCAGAAAGAGGGCCCAAAACAAGGGGCGACCACCUCCACUCCUGAGACGGGGAAGGCGAAGGACAAGGAGACGGUCUCAACCCGUUCCUCCGCUCAGCCGCCCCAGGCUGAGGGGUGGAACAAGGUGGUCCCCUUGAAGAAGACAGGGGAUAGCAAACCCUCCCCGGACCCUGCUGGGAAAACGGGAGGGAAAAGUGUCCCACAUUUGAAGGCGCCAACGUCGGCGGCGGUGUGCAUCACCUGCCCGGAAGGACAGUAUAGCGAGGUGAUGCGCACCGCCAGGAGUAGAAUUCCCCUCUCCGAGUUGGGGAUCAGCAACCUCAGAUGUAAAAGAGCUAUCGCCGGGGCUCUCAUUCUCGAGGUCUCCGGCUCGGAAGGCGAUAAACUCGCAAAUGCCCUGGCCGAAAGACUCAGGGUGGUGUUUGCGGGAGCAGAGGGGGUGAGGAUUUACCGCCCCUCGAAGAAGGCGGAGAUUCGCCUCCAUAAUUUGGAGGACUCGGUCACGGCCGCGGAAAUACCGGCGGCUGUGGCUGGCUCCUCGGGAGGCGAUCCCUCCGACGUGGGGUGGGGUGGGGGGUUGAGGAGAGCCCCUAACGGGCUAGCUACCGCUUGGAUCCAGUGCCCGGUCUCCGUGGCCAAAAAGGUCGCGGAGGCGGGCCGGAUCCAGGUCGGUUGGGGUCUGGCCCGGGCCGAGGUGCUGGCGGCAAGACCCCUGCAAUGCUUCCGCUGCUUGGAAGAGGGGCACGUCCGUCAGCACUGCCGCAGCGAGAUCAACCGAUCCGGUUUAUGCUACCGCUGCGGCGGCCCGGGUCACCAAGCCGCGGAGUGCACCGGACGCCUGUCGUGCCCGGUGUGCUCCACGGCCGAUAAAGAGGUGGCCCACAGGCUGGGAGGGGAGGCCUGCUUGGCCUUCCAGAAAAAUAAGGGAAUAGGGAGGAAGAACAAAGGGGCGGGGAAAGCCCGAACCUCGCCUUCCUCUCUACCCCACCAGGAAGGAAGCCAGCAGCGAUCCUAG